GGGGAGAGCUCGCUAGCAUAAUUUGUUUUCCAUCUAGCCAAAUACCGUUGCCGUCUCGCACGAAAAAUAUAUAAAUAGUUAAUAAACUUGCUCGUCUUCUGGCGUCUUCUGCCUCACUUGCCCGCCUUUUGCCCAUCGGAGGCAUGUCGACAUCGUCUGCUAUUCUGAAGGAGCUUCAAAGCUCGGGGAUGCUCUCAAGAGAGCAACUUCUUCACCUAUUCUCUCGCUUUUCCUUCCUUGUCUCCCAACCCGAGGUCAAAAAGAGAAUUGUGGAUGCUGUCAGAGAUAAGCAGGAGGCAGUUGCUAUAACCACAGUGAUCCAAGAGGAAGUCCUUUUGGAAAUGGGAAUUGAUCCCAGAUUUGGUAUUGCUUGCCUGGGGAAGGUCCAUGUGGUAUAUGAAAAUGAUAUGGACUUGAUGAUCCAAUUUUAUAGAUUUGUUGCGAAGGAAGAGAUGGCCAUUGACGAGGCUGAACUCAAACCGGAUGAAUUUGUGGAUAAAAUGCAUCAUCAGCAGAAACUUCAAGAGCAGCAAUUGGAAAUGCUUAAGACUAUUCGCAGGUUUCACCCAGACGAUCAAUCAGCAAUUUUGGAAAAGCUCCAUAAACAAAUGGAAAGUGCUAAUUUUGAGAACAGUGCUGCUUUCCUGACAUUAGAUCAGAUCCAAGAGAUUGCUCGGCAAAGAACAGCACCCCUUCCCAGGGCAUAAGGGUAAUGCUUUCAGCAGAUACCUGUUUUCGGCUUCGUUUGGGACGGCUUUCUUCUUGUUUUCUAAAAUAACUUUUUUGUACAAAAACUUAUUGAAUUUAAAUUUUUUUACUAAAAAGUCAUUUUAAAAACCAGCACUAAAGCUGUCCCAAACGAAGCCUUAGUCGUCCUAAUUUUUAAAUUGAUGAAUCAAAUAUUGUAAAGAGCAAAUUCUAUCCAUGAAGUCGCACCAGCUAUUUAAAUGCUUUGUAUUUUGUAUUGAUAUUUCCCAUUAAAAUCAUGAAAAAUGCAUUUCCCUAAA